AUUAUUGAAAUUAUAACAGAUGCUGUUAAAAUUGAAAAAGAGUUCCUAACUGUAGCUUUGUCUGUUAAUCUCCUUGGUAUGAAUUGCAAACUCAUGUCUCAAUAUAUCGAAUUUGUCGCUGAUCGUUUGCUAGUUGAGCUCAACGUUGGCAAGGUUUACAAUAGUAAGAAUCCAUUUCCAUUUAUGGAGUUGAUUUCCUUGGAUGGAAAAACGAAUUUCUUCGAAAGGCGUGUGGGAGAAUACCGAAAAGCGGGUGUGUCUGCUAAACGUAUGGAUCAAGUUUUCACGCUGGACGCUGAUUUUUAAAAUGUUUAGCCUUUUAAGUCUGAUAAUAUUUCUUGACACACAUUCAAUAUUGUAAAUAACCACAUAUAACUAAUUUUAAUCUCAUACUUUAAGAAAUUCCUGCUAUUUUGGCGGCGCUUAUAUUUUAAGAAAAUUUAUAUAAAAAUAUACAUAUAGUA